GUAGUUUCAGGGCUUUGCAUUCCUGGCUGAGCUGUGCCUGUGUUUGCAUGCGGAGCCAUCGCCUCCCCUCCAACUAUUUUAGUCAUUUCAGAAAGGGUGGGUCAGAGGCAUUUGGCAGCGGGUCCUUUGCUGAGGUGGAGUCAGCCAAUGACCUGCAAGCCUGGAGACUUUAGCAGGGCCCUUUGGCUGGAGGGCUCUGCGGGGCUGUGCCAUUUGCAGCGCAGCACAGACAUCCCCACGCUGCGCUCCCCAUUCCUGGCGCGGCUCCCAGCGCGGGGUUUAGCUGAGGCUCGGGUUUAGCUUUCCCUCCUCUCUGUCCCUGCAGUGACAGCUUCCCGGGCUCUGCUCGCCGCCACUCCCGAGCCAUCAUGGAGGAGACAACUCUGCAGAUCAUCGAACCGCCGACUGUUUCUGAGGCCUCAGAGGAGCCCGUGCCCGAAGAGCCCAUCAAACCGGACCAGAUCAAUGGUGUGAUGGUGCUGACCCUUCUGGACAAGAUCAUUGGAGCGGUGGAUCAGAUCCAGCUGACCCAAACGCAGCUGGAGGAGAGACAGCAAGACAUGGAUAGCGCCGUGACCAGCAUCCAGGGCGAGCUGACCAAGCUGACCAAGGCUCACACCACCACCAGCAACACCGUGAACAAGAUGCUGGAGAAGGUGCGCAAGGUGAGCGUGAACGUGAAGACGGUUCGGCAGAACCUGGAGAAGCAAGCGGGGCAGAUAAAGAAGCUGGAGGCCAACGAAGCAGAGCUCCUGAAACGCAGGAACUUCAAAGUCAUGAUCUACCAGGAUGAAGUGAAGCUCCCGUCUAAACUGAGCAUCAGCAAGUCCCUAAAGGAGGGCGAAAAGCUGGAAAAGGAAGGUGAGGGUGAAGAGGGGCCUGUGGGUGAGGACCACGCAGAGGAGGACCACAUCCAGCUCUCCUCAGAUGAAGAGGUGGAGAUUGAAGAGAUUAUUGAAGAGUCACGGGCAGAGCGCAUCAAGAGGAGCGGCAUGAAAAGAGUGGAUGACUUUAAGAAGGCAUUCUCGAAGGAGAAGAUGGAGAAAACGAAGCUAAAGACCAAGGAGAACCUGGAGAAGACCCGCCACAACUUGGAGAAGACCCGCCACAACCUGGAGAAGAGGAUGAAUAAACUGGGCACCAAGAUUGUGACUAAUGAAAGGAGGGAGAAGAUGAAGACCUCUCGGGACAAGCUGAGGAAGUCUUUCACCCCGGACCACACCAUCUACGCCAGGUCCAAGACAGCCGUCUACAAAGUGCCGCCCUUCACUUUCCACGUCAAGAAGAUAAGAGAGGGCGAGGUGGAAGUGAAAGCCACGGAGCUGGUGGAGGUGGGUGGAGAGGAGGGAGAAAACUCGGAUCUGAUGCGCGGGGAGAGCCCCGAGACGCACACACUGCUGGAGAUCACGGAGGAGUCGGACGCGGUACUGGUGGACAAGAGCGACAGCGAGUAGGCCGGGGCUGCAGCGCGGUUGUGGACGGCGGCUGAACACGUAUUCACUCACAUUGGAGAGCUCUCUCUGCCCCUGGUGCCCCAGGGCAAGUGUACACCAUGCAUCUUUACUACCCCGCCGAUCCCCUGCCCGCUUGGACAAGGUGUAGUUUAUGUUUUAGUUUUAGCACACUAAACGUUAGGAACACGGGACUCUUUUUCUUACACUGUCCAAUCACCCUUUGGAGACCAUUCCUGCCGCAGAAAGCCUUUAGCACCAAGCCUGAAGACGGGCUUAGAGUGAUGGGGACCCAGCUGGACAGUGCUAAAACCAAGAUAACGGCUGUACACCUGGAAAGCUCAAGUGUCCUCCCGAAGCCAAGACCUGGUGUCAAGACAGCAUCCUGCCCAUAUUCCCCCUGUGGCUGAACCACAGGCACGGGGGCUCCAGCAUCCGAGGGGGCUGAGGAGCUACGGUUGCACCCAGCGUGCAGGAGUCCCCCUGACAGGCAGAGCCCUGCAUGGCCACCACACAGCCCUGACCCGCUCUGCCCUCCCCAGGACUCCGUGACCCGCUGCUGCCUCGGAUGGCUUCGCCAUGAAGCCACCCUGCAGCGGGGGCAGCCGCGGGUGCCCCGUGUGGCACCGCAGAGCCGGGCCCAAUGCUCCCUCCCUCGGUGCUGGGGCCAUCGCAGCGCCGGGGCUGCCCCCUCCCCACCCGUGUUAUGGAUCCGGCUGCCAGAGCCCCGGCGAGUCCAGGCAGCGCCACGGCGGCGGUGCUGGAUGCGGUCCCUCGACACCCGCGGCGGCGGUGGCGGCCGGCACCGAGGGGAUGUGCAAGCGACAGCGCCGGAGCGGCCACCGCCGCCUGCGGCGUUUCCAGAGGGAUUCGGGAUGCGCUGAUGUGGCUGCCACAGAGCGGCCUCGACACCGGCCGGCCGCGGACCUUGAGUGUUUCCGAGCUCCCUCUUCCCCCGGGGGUCCCGGCACGGCCCAGGCUCCCGCCACCUCCUCGCUUCUCUCCCUCUUUCUGCAGCUUCACCUCGCACAAGGCAGCGCCAGCUCAGACCCGGCCCUGCGGGAGCGGCUGCGCCCGGGAAGGGAGAUCCCGGCGAGGGGUGCGGGAGGGCCCCGGUCGUGCCCGUUCCCGUCUGCUCGCCGGGCUCCACCCUUCCCGGGAGCGCCGUCGCUUCCCUCCCGUCGGAGCCAGCGUAACCCAAUAGGUAACCCCGCUUCUCCCCCAAGCGUCCCGCUUAUCGUCCACUGCACCCGGCCUGGCCCAGGGGCUCGACCCGGUGCCCCGGUAGAGCCGCCCCAGGGCAGCGCGGCCGCAGCCACUGUUCCCCGUGCGGGUGGCGGUUGCGGGCAGCCCCCGGUCCCCGAGCACCGGCUGUGCCCACGGGGCGGCAUUUCCGGGCCCUCCCCCACCCCGGGCCGUUUCCUCGCAGGUUCCCCCCCUUCCCCGGGCCGGGCGGGCGCGGCCGGACGAGCCCCAACGCUCCCGCGGCUGCGUCCAGGCGAGAGCGCGACAAAUAAAGUCUCUUUUCUAAACCA